ACUAUACUGGAUUGUGCCUUAGAGGGUACAACCCCUAGUCUAUAUACCCCUUUCGAGGACUCGCCAAGCAUGGCGGACUAUGUCACCAAGAGGGGGGGAAGGGCGGUUAGGAGCGUGGGGAGAGGCGUAGAGGGGGGGAAGGGCAGGAGGGACAGAUGGACGGGCAGACGGACGGAGGAGAGAGAGAGAGAGAGAGAGAGAGAGAGAGAGAGAGAGAGAGAGAGAGAGAGAGAGAGAGAGAGAGAGAGAGAGAGAGAGAGAGUGAGAGAGAGAGAGAUAGAUAGAGAGAGAGAGAGAGAGAGAGAGAGAGAGAGAGAGAGAGAUAAUAGAACGGCCUAUUCCCCCGUUCCAUGCCAUGUGUGCCUUUAAGAGAGAGUUGUCACCAGUUCA